GCCAUGCCGGGGUCCCGCUGCCCGGCGCUGCCGGUGCUGCGCUGGCUCCCGCGGUACAGCCGGGCCUGGCUGCCGCUGGACCUGCUGGCCGGGCUGGCCGUGGGCCUCACGGCCGUGCCGCAGGCUCUGGCCUACGCCGAGCUGGCCGGGCUGCCGCUGCAGUAUGGCCUCUAUUCCUCCUUCAUGGGCUGCUUCGUCUACUUCUUCCUGGGCACUGCCAAGGACGUGACGCUGGGUCCCACGGCCAUCAUGUCCCUGCUGGUCUCCUCGUACGCAUUCCACGAGCCUGUCUAUGCCGUCCUGCUCGCCUUCCUCUCUGGCUGCAUCCAGCUGGCCAUGGGGCUCCUGCACCUCGGAUUCCUUCUGGAUUUCAUUUCCUGCCCUGUCAUUAAAGGGUUCACAUCGGCUGCUUCCAUCACCAUUAGCUUCAACCAGGUCAAGAACAUCCUGGGGCUGCAGGGGAUCCCGAGGCAGUUCUUCCUGCAGGUGUAUGAGACGCUGCGGAGGAUCGGGGAGACCAGGGCUGGGGACGCUGUGCUGGGGCUGGCCUGCCUGGCCGCGCUGGCAGCGCUCCGGGCCAUGAAGAACCGCCUGCCCCAAGCUGCCUCUGCGGAGCCACUGGCUGCCAGGAUCAGCUGCCGGAUCGUCUGGAUCUCUGCCACAGCACGCAACGCCCUCGUCGUCCUGUUUGCUGGCCUGGUCGCUUACUCCUUCCAGGUGAUGGGCUCCCAGCCCCUCACGCUCACCGGCAGCAUCCCCCGGGGCCUCCCUCCCUUCCGGCCGCCGCGCUUCUCCCUGGCAGCGCCCAACGACACCGUCCCCUUCCCCAGCAUGGUGGAGGACAUGGGGGUCGGGCUGGCCGUGGUCCCGCUCAUGGGCCUGCUGGAGACCAUCGCCAUCGCCAAGGCUUUCGCCUCGCAGAAUGGUUACAGGAUUGACCCCAACCAGGAGCUGCUGGCUUUGGGUGUUGCCAACAUCCUGGGCUCCUUCGUCUCGUCGUAUCCCAUCACGGGCAGCUUUGGCCGGACGGCGGUGAACGCGCAGUCAGGGGUCUGCACCCCCGUGGGAGGGCUCGUCACAGGUGCCCUGGUCCUGCUCUCCCUGGCCUACCUCACCUCGCUCUUCUACUACAUCCCCAAGGCCGCCCUGGCCGCCGUCAUCAUCUCGGCCGUGGUGCCCAUGUUCGAUGUUGGGAUCUUCAGGACGCUCUGGAGGGUUAAGAGGCUGGACCUCGUGCCCCUCUGCGUGACGUUCCUGCUCUGCUUCUGGGAGGUCCAGUAUGGAAUCGUGGCCGGGGUGCUGGUCUCAGGGAUUCUCCUGCUCUACUCCAUUGCCAGGCCCCCAAUAAAGGAAGGUCACAGCCCUGAGUCCCCAGUGACUUGUCCCCCUUCCCCGGGGUCUGUGCAGGUGUUGCAGGAGGGGGACGUGCUCCUGGUGCAGCCGGGGAGCAGCCUGCACUUCCCAGCCAUCGAGUGCCUCCGGGACACCGUGUGCAGCCGUGCUCUGGCAGCAGCAUCUCCACCCCGCUCCAUCAUCCUGGACUGUUGCCACAUCAGCAGCAUUGAUUACACAGUGGUGGUGGGGCUGGCAGAGCUGCUGCAGGAGCUGCGCAAGCACGGCCUCUCACUGGCCUUCUGUGGCCUGAAGGACCCUGUUCUCCAAGUCCUCCUGUCUGCUGACUUAGAAGGAUUCCAGCAUUUCCCCAGCCGGGAGGAGGCAGAGCGGUGCAGAGGAGCAGAGCCCUGGGACAGCAGGACCGACCCCUUCACCAGCACCACCGAGAGCUCGGGGCUCAUCCAGUGAGUGAGGAGUCACCGUUUGUGCUGGGGUUGGAUGUCCUGUGACACCCCAGUGACAUCAACACCCUCUGUGGGACCCGCCUGCCCAUGCCCAGCUCCUGGGCAGCUGGGGAUGGACUGUCCCCAUGUCCCACAUCGGGGAGGGCAGAGCAGCACCAGCCCAACCCCACACAGGCUGAGGGGAGCACUGGGACCAGGGGUCUGCUGGUCCCACACCGGCCCCCAGCCCCGUGGGGCUCUCGCCUCCUCCACAGGCCGAGGGCAGGCACUCCCUGGAAGGGAUCAGUGGGACAAAACCAUUCCCUGUCCCGGUGAUCAGUGCAAAGUUAUCACUCCUUCACAGAGCUGCUGUCUCUUUUUAAUCCACUGUUUUAAUUCUGGACAUUUUUCAUGUUCUGGGCCACACCGACAGCGUGCUCUCCUCAAAGAGAGUUUCAGGGCUGCUGGCUCUGCCCUCCAGCCCGAGGGCAUGUGACAGCUCAGGAAAACAUCCGGGACUGUGCUCCUCACUGAUCCCUCGUUUGUGGGUGUUGUGCCAAGCAGGGGCAGGGCUGGGCUGUCCCCCUGGGGU